AUGAAAAUUGAAAAUCCGAAAGAUAAAAUAUUAUUCUCUAUAAGCGAGAUUCUUCCACAUCUAUAUUUGGCUGGCUAUGGCUGUAUAACAGAGUCUAAGCUUCGUAACUUUGGAAUAACUCAUGCUGUCGACGCAACGAACUUGUCAAAUAAACAAAUCCCUGCCAUCGAAUAUCUCAAAGUCAACGUAGACGAUGACGUCAUCUCAAAAAUUUCAAACCACUUUGAAGAUGUUUGUAACUUCAUAGACAAAGCGAAAAGCCAGGGAGGAAAAGUGAUUGUGUUUUGUGCUGCUGGAGUUAGUCGUAGUGCUACCCUCGUCCUCAUCUAUUUACUUCAAUGUGAAGGCAAAACACUUAAAGAUGCUUACUAUAUGGUCAAUCAGGUUCGACCCAUCAUUUCGCCUAAUUUGGGAUUCUGGAGACAGAUGAUUGAAUUUGAGAAAGAGAAGAAAGGCGAAUCAACUGUUACUUUACUUUCUGGACGAACAGCUCGACCCGUACCGGAUGUUUAUCUGCAUCGAGCUCUUAAUUAUAACACACAGAAAGCAUGA